UCCUCUUCCUCUCGCGAGUCCUGACCUACCCCCAAUCCGGACCAAUGCGGCUCUGAGCUGCCGCCGUGCCCUACCUCAGCGUCUCCGCCGGCGCCUCCCCCAACCCCUCCGCCGCCCCCCUACUACCUCCCACCGCCUCUCACGCGGCGUCGCUUCGCCGUCACCGCUCCCGUUGUACCUCGUCGCGUCCCCGCCGUCUCAACCCCAUCCGCGACUUUCGCCAUCGGUUCUGAGAUUGUGUCCAAGGUUCUCUUUGCACACGAUGCUGUCCUGUCAAGGAGUAGCUACCGGGGCUGCAAAUUCUCAGCUAUUCGGUUUCCCUGCCGCGAGCCGCUAUGGUUAUCCUUCAAGAUCAUCAGUUCGUUCUAAACCAGGCUUUCUGAAACUACAGCCGCCUGCACUUCAUGACAAGAAAAUCCUCCCUCUGAGAGCAUGUGUUGAUAUUUCUGCUCGUGCCGUAUCUUCCUCCUUCCUGAAGUAUGAUUCUGUAAAGGGCACCAAUCCCAUCAAGCCAUUGACAUCAAGCCGCAACUUGCACCCAGGAACUCAAUUUCGCUGUCAAGCAUCUUUAGCGUCAUUCAGCUACCCUGAGUUAACUUCUAAACCAAAAUGGUGGUGGAGGACCCUGGCAUGUGUACCUUAUCUUCUGCCACUGCACAAUAUGUGGUCGCACGCAGAUGCUGUGUACCAGCUUCAUCCAUACUUGCAACAGUUUAGUCUGUUUUAUGCCUUCAUUGACACAAUGGCACUAGUCCCUGGAUGGCUAUUUCUGAUGAUCUUCAUGACUGUCUACUUCUUUGUGGUGCGACGGAAGUGGUCUCCACACUUUCUGCGGUAUCACAUCAUAUUGGCUAUUCUUCUCGACACUGGCUCUCAAGCUUUGGCGACCAUGUGCAACUGGAAUCCGAGCAUUGUUUUUCAGGGUAAACCAAUGGCAUAUUUCUGGAUGACACUGGCCUUCAUUCAGAUAUUCACGGUCCUCGAGUGUAUGAGGUGUGCGCUUGCAGGAGUGUAUCCUAAUGUUCCAUUCAUAUCCCACACGGCAUUCAUCCAUUCUGAUCUGAACCUGUUCAGGUAAUCGACUAGUGCAGUGUGUUGAAAAUGUAAGAGGGCCUAAGGAACUGUGUGUGUGUGUGUGUGCGUGAGUCAGAACUUAGUUGAGGGUGUAAAAUGGUUGGGAAAUGCAUUUUGGGACA